AUGGACACUUCGUCAACUCCAUUCACCACUUCUACGAAGUCUCCACAAAUCGUAUCAGACCUCUGGUUCUCGGACGGCAAUCUAAUACUCGAAACCGAGAAUUCUUUAUUCAAAGUAUACAGCGGCCUGUUAGUUCGCAAGAGUAGCGUCUUUCGUGAUAUGUUCACUUUCCCGCAACCAAACGAUCAUAAAGAUGUUCCAACUGUACGACUAUAUGACUCGACGGAGGAGUUGACCUGGUUUCUGAAAGCCAUAUUGGAUCCAGAAUUCUUUGAGCCACCUCCAUCAACAACUGACCUCAGCAUCGUUGGUGCGAUACUAAGGUUAAGCAGCAAAUACGACGUACAAUUCCUGCGUAGACGUGCACUGCUUCAUGUUCAAACCACAUAUCCGAGUACGUUACGAGCAUGGAAGCGUCGUGAUACUCAUCGAAGUAUCCCUCCUAUUGACAAUUCGCCAUUUGCCAUCCUUCCACUGGUACGAGAGUUUGAAUUAGAUUGGGCUCUUCCCGCUGUUCUGUACUGCCUCUGCUCCUAUAAUGUUUCUCAAAUCAUCGACGGAGUUACUUUCAGAACACGACAUCUCACUCUCAACGAAGAUGAUAGACGGAAAGUUCUCGUGGGCAGGGCAGAACUUGUGCACCUCCAAACCAAUCUGUCAUUUCGAUGCCUCCGUUCAACUCCCCAUACAGAUUGCUCUUCACCAGCGGAUUGUGUGGAGCAGCUCAGGAAGUGGCUUAACCAUGCUUCGUCGUGGAAUAUAGCCGAUCCGCUAGACUAUCUUGAUGAGAAUUGGGAUGCAUUGGAGGGUGAUCUGUGUCUGGCUUGUUUCACACAAUCAAAGUUAGAUACCGAAGCAACGCAGCGCGAGAUCUGGGCAAAGCUGCCGCUGAUUUUUGAAUUACCAUCAUGGUCAGAGUUGAAAGAUUUAGAGGAGAAGGCUAUGGAUGGAAUGUGA